CGGCGAACAAAGAUAAAAUGUAGUCAUGCUCAAAAAAAAAUUAGUUGAACUUAAACGUAUAAUCUUUCGUAUGUACAGCUCCAGGUUGAAGAGCAGCAGCAUUUUCUCGUCAUGAAUAAUUGAUGUGACUGUAUGAUUUUUCAUUGAAGGACACUCGAAAACUAGAAACAAGUUGUGACUAAGAAAACUUACUAGAUCUACUCGUUUUCGUACUACUUUAACAGCAAAAUAAAGUGGAAAAAAUGAACAACUUACUUGCCGAGAUUGAAGCUGCUGGGAGAGCACGUCGUGGAGACGAGCCAGAGGCUGAGGAAGCUCCACAACCGGACUUACAGGUAUGGGAAGAUGUUCUUUCAGGUUGUAAGAAAGUGACAGGAGUAUGUAAGUACACGUGACCUCCAACAUCUUCAAGUGCUAUUGCUAUUCUUCUCGCGAUCAUGGUAAAAGGAAAAUGGUUUCUACUGUCUUUUAUCUCGUCUUGGACGUACAAGAACUUCUAGAGCCGCGAGACUGUCAAAUCAGAUGUGAAAGUGAUCAUCAUCAACAUCAUUUAUCAACCACGAACUUUAAUUCCAAGUACCGGGUGGCGGCAGAGUUGGAUCCCCGACUAGUAAUGUAGCAGCUACGAAAGGCAGCGAAAUCCAGGCUGUACUUGCAGCACGUGCGGCCAAGGGUUGUUCCUCAAACAACAAGGGAGCAAAACCUCCAGGGCCGCCGCCUUCAGCUCAUGGAAAAGCCGGCACAGGUGGGCCGCCACCUGGCAAAACUGGAGGCGCAGCACCGCCACCACCGUCUGGUCCCGGUGGUGGAGCAACUGCAACGAGGAGUGGGAAGGGAGCUGCGCCACCUGCAGGAGGAGCUAGUACUAAAGGCGGAGCUUCUACUUCCGCAUCGAGACCUGUUCCAAGUGCCAACGUUCCUUCAUUCCAGUACGAUGGUGAAAGAGACGUUUUCAGCUUCGCAACGCCUAGCGAAAAGGAGCAUGCGCAUACGGUUACCACAUCUGAGGAGGGCGUUGUAAUAGUGCCUCUCGCACCCUGUAUCUACAGACUGUGCGACUUCACACUGGCGCGCAACGAACCCAUUCCACGACACAAAGCAGUGCUGAAACUGGGUGUCAUACGCGCUUUUCGGCGUGAAUGCGAUGCUUUUAACGCGGCUCCGAAAGGCAUCGAGGAGGAAGAGAAGCAUCCUCACCGAUUCGUGGAAUUUCUUACGUCUGCAGGUUUGAAAGUGACCUCUAGACCGGUACAAGUGCGAGACUUGGACGACUUUUUGUCUGCACUAGACACCAACACCCCAGAAUUAGCGACACAGAGAGGUCUGCUAGCCGAAACUCGGAAGUGUUCCUUUUUCCCAGGCAUGGGCGAGCUGUUUCGACCAGGAACGAAAGUGGUUACGUAUCCGGAGAACAUGCAAGGAGCACCGCUUGGGGCUACAGUAGUACAGUGCUCCUAUCAAGAGGAGACGAGUCGAGCAAGUGGAAAAGUGAAGCGCACGUUUGUCUUGAUGCUGGAAUUCAUAUUAUGCUGGAAUUCGAAUUUUUUUUUGGGUUCUCCCUAUAAUAUUAUGCUCAUGCGCUAACGCUCAACCUUAACAUUGACUCUAACAUGCUACUUGUACAACUACUUGCGAACAACUCCAACGCGGCGGGUGUUUUAUAAUUUCCAAUCACCUUCAUCUCAACAACCCUCUUCUAAUCUGCGUCUCACUCGGUGACUCUCUGGCUUUCGUGGGUAUCAGCGAGCCCUACUCUGAGUUCGACGGACAGGAAGGAAUCAAAAAUUUGCGGCAUCGACCCUUACUUCUAGGAGAGGAUGGAACUAGUUCAGACCAGUUUGACACGAGCUUAAUGCGGUCUCUAGUGAAUCGCGGCACGCUUUAUUCCAGCGUUGGCAUCAAUUACAACUACCUUCAAUAUGGACCAGACACGUUUUUCCCGAUACCGGUAGGAGGCCCCUCUAUGUCCUCAGCUGGCAGGGUUUCGAGGCCUCUUCAAGCCAGUGGUCGCAUCAUGAUCGACAAUAUGAGAGGGCAAUUGGAAGGCCACAACCCAACACGAGGGGCCGACGGAGCUUCUGUAUCUGUUAGAGAAGCUCUAAGGGUAUACGAGCAAGCGAAAAGUUAUGGACGAUGAUGCAUCACGACGAUUCCUUGAGUGAACAAUUGUUCCAAUCCUGAUGCAUUGCCUUGUCUCGAAGUACUUCAAAUUUUCUUUCUUCUAUCUUUCUCGUGAUGAAAAAUUUCAACAAUUGGCCCUUAUGGCAGUCUGCACUGAACUUUGUGCGAGAUUAAUUGCGUUGUAUUGUAUUGCAUUUUACUCUGGAUCUCAUCCUCUAAGAUCCAACAGGUGGGUCUUACCCAAUGGUCAGUUUCAACGUGGAGGAUGUAGACGAAUCACAGCUUUUCGCGUGUUGGCCGAUGGUGGUUGGUUUCUCCUUCACUGCGCGAUGUUGGGGGAAGCUCGUUCUCCACAGUGCUACACCGACAGAGGUUAUGUCUGGACCAUCGAAACAACCGCAACCAACUUGUUCAUGGACCAGACGUAUAGAUUUCCGAAAGGAGGCUUUUGAACAGCUAGUCCUUCCAGCAGAGAAAAAGGAACUUAUUCGUGCGUGUGCACGUUAUGCCGGCAAAGCAGAUGAGGAUGGAGAGGUCGAUAUCAUCUCGAAUAAGGGAGGCGCAAGCAUCUUUUUGCUUUACUUAUGGUUGGUGACACAGAUUUUGGAAUAGGGAGCUCUCCUGCUUCUAGACACAACACUUCGUAGAAUGAAUGUAGUUCUAGUUGCGCUUGCGGAGUUAAUCUAUUUAUGCAGAGUUUCACUCUGCUUGUCACCUUGACGUUGAGCUAAGCUUCCUCCUCUUCCUCUAACCUGCGGUCCUCCUGGUUGUGGUAAGACACUUACAGCAGAAGCGAUCGCUGAAAUGCUGGGAAAACCUUUGUACACAGUCACAGCCGGUGAUUUGGGUAUAACAGCAAGCGAAGUGGAGAAAACACUAUCUCAGGUACUGCCUAGUCUUUUUGCUCAGGUGUUUCGAAGCGAAAACACUAUCUCAGGUACUGCCUAGUCUUUUUGCUCAGGUGUUUCGAAGCGAAAACACUAUCUCAGGUACUGCCUAGUCUUUUUGCUCAGGUGUUUCGAGGCAACGAGAAAUCAAAAACGCAACUAACUCUUCUUCAGUUUCGCAUCUCUUUGACUGAUUCUUUCUUGAUCUCAAGCCACUUGAUCAACUACAAAUCAACCACAGGUGCUUCAAAUGUGCUCUGAGUGGAACGCCUUAG